AUGGAAUUUUCACAUAAUAAAAUGGAUGAUGAAUAUCAGAAGCUUAUCAGGAGAAUGAACCCUCCUAGAGUCGUAAUCGAUAACGAAUCUUGCAAGAACGCAACCGUGAUUCAGGUGGACAGUGCUAACAAACAAGGAAUCCUUCUAGAAGUUGUGCAAAUCCUCACGGAUCUCAAUCUUAUGAUAACGAAAGCGUACAUUUGCUCCGAUGGAGCCGGUUCAGGAUGGUAAUAGGAUGUGUUUUCUUUGCAUUAGUGUUCAAUGUGACCGGACCACGACGGCAACAAGAUGACCGACGAGGGAAUUCUUGAGUAUAUCGAGAAGUCAUUGGGUCCCGAUUCUUGCUUUGCAUCUUCGAUGAGAAGAUCGGUGGGAGUCAAAUCCGAGUCAAACCACACAGCGAUCGAGUUAACCGGGACCGACAGACCAGGGUUACUUUCCGAGGUGAGUGCUGUCCUAGCCCACCUGAAAUGCAACGUGGUCAACGCUGAGGUGUGGACCCACAACACCCGAGCUGCUGCCGUGAUGCAAGUAACCGACGAGACGACCGGUGGGCCCAUCGCUGACCAGGAGAGACUAACCAUGGUUAAGCGGCUGCUCUGCAACGUGCUCAAGGGUAGUAACAAGUCGAGGGAGGCGAAGACUGUGGUCUCUCACGGGUCAACCCACACCGAGAGGCGGCUCCACCAGAUGAUGUUUGAUGACCGGGAUUACGAAAGAAUGGACGGCGAAGAUGAUUCUUCGGAGAGGCCUAGUGUGAACGUGGUUAAUUGGAACGAUAAGGAUUAUUCGGUGGUUACUAUUCGGUGUAAAGAUAGGCCGAAGCUUUUGUUCGAUAUCGUUUGUACUUUGACUGAUAUGCAGUAUGUUGUUUUCCAUGGGAAUGUCGAGACUCAAGGGCCCGAAGCUUAUCAGGAAUAUUGUAUAAGGCAUAUAGACGGAUCGCCUGUGAAAUCCGAUGCAGAGAGACAAAGGGUGGUUCAAUGUCUUGAAGCCGCAAUACAGCGACGAGUCUCUGAAGGUUUGAAGCUAGAACUAUGCACUACCGAUAGAGUCGGACUGCUCUCGGAUGUUACUAGAAUAUUCCGUGAGAAUAGCCUAUCGGUAACCCGAGCAGAAGUGACAACAAGGGCAGGAAAAGCAGUCAACACUUUCUACGUUCGUGAUGCAUCCGGUUAUCCAGUUGACCCGAAGAUUAUAGAUUCAAUUCGGCAGACAAUCGGUCAAACGAUACUCCGAGUCAAAGGCACCCCGGAGGAAUCUAAUCAGGCCCCACAAGAAUCUCCAACCAGAUUCCUCUUCGGCGGCCUUUUUAAGUCGAGGUCGUUCUGUAAUUUCGGUUUGGUUAGGUCUUACUCAUGAAAAUCGGAAAAUCGUAAAGCCGUGUUUGUUGUAGUUCCCCCCCUGUGUAAAUAUUUUGUGUUUGUCUCUGUUUAAUUAGGACAAAAUGGGAAAUUUAAGGUAGUUUAAUUACUUUUGUGUCAAGCUUUGAAUCAUAUGUACAGAACAAAUUAUGCUUUCAAUGAAAUGGAAUGAAUGCCUAUUUUUACUACAUGGCUUGAA